AUGGCAAGUCUUUCAGGAGAUCCUUAUCCGUACCAGCAACAGGCAAGGCCUGUUAGCAGGGGUGCAUUCAUCGUGGUUGAAGGCCUGGAUCGCGCUGGCAAGACAACGCAAGUCAAAAGGCUCUGCGACUCGCUCUAUGCUCAGGGUCAUAAUGUGAAGAUGAUUAGGUUUCCAGACCGAACGACUCCCGUAGGCAAAAUGAUAGACGGCUAUCUACAAUCCAAGGCCCAGUUAGAUGACCAUUCAAUCCAUCUAUUGUUUUCAGCCAAUCGAUGGGAAAAGGCAGCCUGGAUCAAGGGGCAGAUAUCACAGGGUUACACAAUUAUCUGCGAUCGAUAUUACUACUCUGGAAUGGUCUACAGUGCCGCAAAGCAAAAUCCUGCUCUGUCGUUAGGUUGGGCAAGAUCACCUGAUGUGGGACUCCCUCGGCCAGACCGGAUGAUAUUUCUAGAUCUAGAUGCCAAAGAGGCAGAAGCAAGAGGAGGCUAUGGUGAAGAAAAAUACGAGAAAAGAUCAAUGCAAGAGAGAGUGAGAGAGCUAUUCCUCGGUCUGCUGUUGAAAGGGGAGGAGGAAUCUACUGAUAUGGUGGUUGUCGACGCUGGACAGUCAGUUGAACACGUUGCACAUGCUAUUUGGAAAGAGACCUCGGGUGUCGUGCAAUCUGUGGAGUCCGGUUCGCGGAAACAGAUUGGUACGGUUGGGCCUUGGCCAGAAGGGCAGUAG